CGGUUUUCGUAUAAUUCCUUCCAAGGUUUAAGGAGCCCUUUAGGACGGUCUCGUCUUGCUUAUUUGAAAGAGGAAAAGUGCCUGCCAGAUUGACACAAAUGGAUGCGAUUUUGAACUGUAGACUGGAAGACAUGGAAGAUUAUUACAGUUUGCUAGGAUGUGAUGAAUUAUCUACAGUUGAACAAAUCAUUUCCGAGUUUAAAGUUCGAGCACUUGAGUGUCAUCCUGACAAGCAUCCUGGAAACCCUGAAGCUGUGGAGAAGUUUCAGAAGCUGCAGCAUGCCAAAGAGAUUCUAAGCAAUGAAGACAGCCGAGCUCGCUACGAUUACUGGCGGAGAAGCAAAAUUGCAAUCCCAUUCCAGCAAUGGGAGGCACUGAAAGACUCCAUCAAAACAUCAAUGCACUGGGCUGUCAAAGGCAAAAAAGAGCCGAUGCUGGAAGCUCCAGAUUUAAAUCUCAAUCCCACGAUGGCAAGUGAAAAUAACAAUGGUGGAUCGUUGGAAGAUCGAAGCGGGCUAGGAGAUUUCGAUCACACCGAUGGAAAGCUACUGUCACCAAAAAGCCCUGAUUUCCCAGGAUUCUCAGAUCCAAAUGGCUGGCACUUGCGUUUCCGUUGGUCUGGUGAUACCCCAUCUGAACUUCUGCGGAAGUUCAGAAACUAUGAAAUAUGAAGCAGAAGACCAAAGCUGUGCGGAAGUUGUAUUCACGAUUUCAGUAUUUUCUGUGCAUUUGCUUCAUGAAGGAGUGACUGCUGUGUCUGUGUAUCUAUGGACGUUGUUUAAUGAUGUGGCUCUGUAACAUUGCUGUCACUGUUUCCCAUACAGAAAUGCUGCGUUUUUGAAUAGUGGGUAGGCAUUUUACUUUCAUUAACUAUUCUUAUAAGUAAUACCAAUUGCAGCUGGUCUCCUUUCCCAUAGUUCUUGCUUAAUGUACAUGAGACAGUUUCCUAUAACUAUCGAACAGUUGAGAAAAGCACCUGUGGUGUUUACCUGUUGUGCCUGUUCUAUGACUGUCGAUGACCUCUGGUCCUCCCUCUCGAAAACUCUGCCACUUACGUACUGCGAUCCUAUGCAGGGUUUCUACAGCCCACUGAAAUCAGUGGGCUUAGAUUGGAGUAUUUCUGCAUUGGGUUGCGCUGCCAGCUGCCCAGAAGUCUCUCGAGCUCUUAAACGACUCUUCUUAGGCUUGCUCGCUCUGUGUGGUAACUGCUGCUUCCUUCCUUCAACUCCCCUUCAAAACCUGCCUUUUCUGGGAAGCUUUGAGCCUAACCUCUCAUCCGUAUGGCCAACUAAAACGAAAGCUUAAAUGGAGGGUUGCCAGCUGUGGGUUGUGGAAUUGCUGGAGAUUGUAAGGUUGGGGCCUGGGGAGGACAGGGUUUAGGAGAGGAGAGACGCCAGCCGUGUAUAAUGCCGUACAGCUCCCCUUCUGAAGGAGCCAUUUUCUCUAGGGGAACUGAUCUCCAUAGUCUAGAGGUGAGUUGUAAUUCUGGCAGCCCUACAUAAAUGGAUUGGAUCCAACCACCUUUUCAGCUGGUGAAGAGGGAAAGAGGGGGGGGGGUCUCUUUUGUCCAUCAAAAAAGGGCUGUGCUUGAGCUGAUGGGAUCUACAUGGACAAAUGCCAUGCAGGAUGGGAGCUGUAGUCUUCGGGAAAGAAUUGGGUAGGACUGGCUGGCUGGAGCGAUUAUAUUCUGCCCUCUGUAAUUUUGCCUCCCAGUUUUCUCUUCGCUGCUUCUAAAAUUUAAAUCAGAAGCUCACUGAGUCCAGGAUGAGUGAUUUUUUUGGGGGGGGGGGGUGCUUCUUGAUAGUCUGUACAUGUAAUGUAUGUAGAUGGUCCUAUAUACCUAUUUUUUAAGUAUUACUGUACAAAAUUAUAACCUAUUGCCAAGAGUGCAAGAAUACAUAGAUGUAUUCAUAUUCCCAAAAAUAUCAAUAACAUAUGUAACAAUGUGUAUUUCUCAGUUACAUGCUCCAGUUGUGUUUUUCCAUGAUGUGUAGUUUUUUGUUGUUCUUGGUUAAUAACUUCUUAGUGAAAUUGUUCAGAUAGUAAUACAGACCCCACUUUAGUUUGAGCCAUGAGGAGACUGGAUGGAAAAAGCUAUAUUGUCUUGUUUGAUUUGUCCUAUUUCCUUGGAGUGCUUAACACUAAAAGAUCAAGCAGCCAAAAAUCCCAAAUGAGGCACCUGAUUGCCUGAGAAGGGGAAAAGGUGGCAUCUCAUAAAUAGAAAGCCUGAGUAGUGUAUGCCAAAAACUGGUGCACCAAAAAAAAUCACUUCAAUCUGGAACUGGGAUUCAGGGAUAUCAUAAAAAUUUGAUAUUCCUGAAAUCCAGGUCAGAUUCUCUAAUCCAGUAGAGAAUUCUGAAUUUAUCCAGCUGUUCUUCCCUAUGUCUGGAGGCCAGGGGAGGCAUUUUCAAGCAAAUUCCAUUAUCAAGCAAACUCCACCAUAUUUGCAGGAAACCCACUUCUUCCUGGCCAUUAUUCCAUCCCCACAAAAUUUCAUGAAGAUUGGACUCAGUGGUCCAGUUUUAUGGGCCCCUGAACAAGGUGCCCCUAGCCACUCUCUAUUGUUUCUCAUGGGAGAAAAUAUGUCUAAGGCUUUCCAGGCAAAGAGAAACCUUAAACAAAAUCAGCCCCUGGCCAAAAGCCAGUCCCAUUGCAAGUUGCACUCCAGUGCCAGCUGACCCAACAAAGUCCAACAGAACCAAACUACUGCAAAGUAACCCAUGUCAAGCUAGAGAACUUCAAUGUCAAACCAGAGAAUCCCAAACUGGAGCAAGGAGGGAGGAGCUGCGAAGUUCAAAGGCAGCCAGUGGUUCCUGAAGGGCUCUUCUAGAGCUCAGGUGGGGGUGGAGGUGCAGGAUGAGAAUCGACUGUGUCUGCUGCCUCCCUGCCCUGCGGGCCUUGCACUGCUCUCCUGCCACAACACAAGGCCAGCAGGGGACAGGAGGCAGAGAGGCUGGGAGACGAGCCAGCCAGGAGCAUGGCGAUCCAUGAGGGCGUGGGCUGAGGGAGAUGGUCUUGCUUUCCCUCACCCAUGCUUGGAAAAAAGCUUGGAGAAGGUGAAUGAUACAGCCUAUCAUAAUCCAGCUUCCUGGAGCCCAUCUGGGAUUCUCUGAUAUGAUUUGGCACAGCUGGAUUAUGCCAGAUAAGCAUAAAUCUGGCUAUUUAGCUGGUUCAUGAAUCCCAGAUCACACACUCAUACUAUACGCUUCUGUCACAACCAGUAGUAUUAUCCUUGGAGCACUAUACUAUAGCUGUAUCAAUACUUUUCAUAGAGUAGGCUGUACCAAGCCCUAAAAAUGCCAAUAAUGUCAUGCAGCUCUCAGGAAGAAAAGAUGAGAUGUUAAGUGAAGAGCCAUGGGUAAAUAGUGUUUUGUACACAGCUUUCACAACUGCAGGCUGGCUACAAAUUUCCUAAAUCCCAUCUCUGAUGCAAACUGAGAACUAUAGUUCUGACAACAGAACUGUUGCACGUGAAACUAAAUUACAGAUACUCUUCUGCUUCUUCGAAGUGGUCAGGAUUAGACAUGCUUUUUUUAAAAAAAAAAUGUGGCAUUACUCUUCCCAAUGAGAUGAAAAAAUUGACCAAGAGAUCCUAGAUUAGAUCCAGUCUAAAUUCUGUACAUGGACGCAUGGCUUCCCAGCCUCUCGUCUUCCGUUGCAGUUGGAAUCGUGCCUGCUCAUGGGAGACCCUUAGGAGCCAGCUUGAAGAGAAAGUUGGAGAGCUACUACGUGGUGUGAGUGUGUGGGAGGGGGAGAAUGAAUCAAUGAAAAUCAUGCCCCCCUCUUGCACACGUGAAUCCUUCCCACAGGAUCCUACCCUGAAAAUGGUUGGCAAUUAGCUUGCAAUGUGUGGGUUUUUAAAAAUUCUUUGAACUGUAUUGUAUAUUAUUAAAACUCUAUUGUAGAAUAGCCUUGA